AUGGAGGAGGAGUUUUGGAGACAGAGGAGCAGGCAGCUAUGGCUUACCUUGGGAGACGCUAACACGGGGUACUUCCAUGCUAUAACCAAAGGCAGAAAGACAAGAAACCGACUCUCAGUGAUGGAGAACGAAGCUGGAACCCCAAGCUUCGAAGAAGAUCAAAUCUCAGCUGUUAUUUGCGACUUCUAUGAGAAGCUCUUCGACUCGCCGGGCUAUGUAGUUUCCUCUGCAGUAAAUGAGGCGUUAAAACCGUGUAUCUCCACAGAGCAAAACGAGCUAUUAAUCAAGGAACCAACACCAGAAGAGAUAAAGCGAGCUACCUUUGCGAUACAUGCGGAUAAAGCCCCCGGACCAGACGGCUUCUCGGCCAGUUUCUUCCACUCAAACUGGCAAGUCGUGGGACCAGCAGUAGUAGCAGAAGUCCAACAGUUCUUCCUCACGGGUGAGCUCUCUACAACGAUCAACAAUACCCAUGUUAGAUUAAUACCGAAGAACGCAGAAGCAAAGAAAGUUGCAGACUUUCGACCUAUAGCCCUAUGCAAUGUGCUUUAUAAGAUUAUUUCUAAAGUGCUGGCUCUAAGGUUGAAAUCAGUCUUGGGGCUAAUCAUUUCUGAGAACCAAUCUGCGUUUGUAGCUGGGAGAGCUAUAACAGACAAUAUCCUCAUAACCCACGAGGUUCUACAAUAUCUCAAAACGUCUACAGCAGAGAAAAAUUGCACUAUGGCAGUUAAAACUGACAUGUCGAAGGCUUAUGACCGACUAGAAUGGGGUUUCAUAGCUCAAGUACUACAAAGGCUGGGGAUUCAUGCUAAAUGUGUUCAGUGGAUCAUCCAAUGUGUCUCCACAGUUACCUACUCUUAUCUAGUUAAUGAAACGGUGCAAGGCUCGGUUAUACCUAGAAGAGGGAUCAGACAGGGGGACCCCCUGUCUCCGUAUCUAUUUAUCCUAUGCAGCGAAGUUCUAUCAGGCCUAUGCUCCAAUGCAGCAAGAGAUGGUACCUUAAAAGGCAUAAGAGUCGCUAGAGGAAGCCCACGGGUUAACCAUCUGCUCUUUGCAGAUGAUACCAUGUUCUUUUGCUAUGCCACGCCAACAAGCUGCGAGACUCUGAGGACGAUCCUUAAGACCUACGAGACAGCGUCGGGACAACAAAUAAACAACGCGAAGUCAUCAAUCACAUUCUCAUGCAAAACAUCAAAGGAGAUUAAACAAGAAGCGCAGAAAAUCUUGAACAUCACAAGAGAAGGAGGUUCUGGGAAGUACCUUGGGCUCCCUGAGCAUUUUGGCAGAAGAAAACGAGACUUGUUCACCUCGGUGGUUGAUAGGAUACGUCAAAAAGCAGUCAGCUGGUCCACGAGGUUCCUCUCCAAGGCAGGCAAACUAACCAUGCUGCAGUCAGUUCUAACUGCCAUCCCAUCUCAUACCAUGUCCUGCUUCGAAAUCCCCGUAAGCCUGUGUAAGAGAAUUCAGUCAGUUCUCACUAGAUUUUGGUGGGAUGACACUGAAGGAACUAGGAAAAUGUCGUGGGUGGCAUGGGACACGAUAACUAAACCGAAAUCGGAGGGGGGACUAGGCGUUCGAGACAUCCAGAUUUUUAAUCAAGCACUAUUAGCUAAACAAGCGUGGCGCAUCCUUACUAAGCCAGACUGUCUCCUAGCUAGAGUUUUGAGAGGGAAGUACUGCCAUAGUAAAUCCUUUCUAGAGGUUUCCCUACCGGCUAGCUGCUCACACGGAUGGAGAAGUAUACUACAUGGCAGGGAUCUUCUAAUUACGCACCUAGGCAAGUCUAUUGGCAAUGGACUAGAAACUAAAGUCUGGAAAGAUUCAUGGAUUUCUCUCGAUGAGCAAAUCAAAAUGCAUGGACCUCUACAGGAAGAAGUUAUUGAUCUUAGGGUGGCAGACCUACUCACAACAGACCUCCAAUGGAACAAGACAAGAGUCCAGGAAAUCUUACCUUCGGUAGCACCUCAGAUACUGUGCCUGAAACCAAGCCAAACAGGAGCCUCCGAUGCUUUCAUCUGGCAGAAAACCUCCUCGGGUACCUAUACAACAAAGUCAGGGUAUUACUCAGCAAGGAUGGAUCAUGUUCAGCAGGAAGCUAUGAUAAACUCAGACUUCGACUGGAAGAAGGAUGUAUGGAAAAACACCUGCUCACCUAAGCUGAAGGUUUUUCUCUGGUCGAUUCUAAAAGGAGCUCUACCUCUAGGUGACAACCUACAAAGAAGGGGAAUCAACACAGAGGUUAAAUGCCCACGUUGUCAGGGAGAGGAGACAACAAUACAUACAUUCUUCCUAUGUCCAUUUGCAGUGGAAGUGUGGAAGCUGAUACCUCUUAGAGAUGUAGUUCACAUAGCUACGGAUGAAGCGAUCCCGGAAGUGCUGACGAAAUUCAGAAACAGCAUCUGUCUACCUCCUUCUGGAAUCACCAACAACAUCCUCCCCUGGGUAGUCUGGUCGAUUUGGCUAUCACGGAACGCCCUAAUCUUCGAAGCUCUAACCUCUCCCCCUGAAGAGAUUGCGACAAGAGCAAUAAGAUUAGGCCGCGAGUGGACGUAUGCACAAGGGAUCAAAGCAACUCCUACUAACGUGAUUCAAAGGGGGACGAACAGCAAAUCUCACCCGGUGGAGACAGAGGGAGAAACUCUCUGUCGGUCAGAUGCAGCGUGGAACAAACAAACAAAGCAGGCGGGAUUUGGAUGGAUCUUCACAGGACACGGCUUCACAACGGCAGUAGAGGGAUCGAACUCGCAGGAUUAUGUAGACUCUCCUCUGGUAGCGGAAGCGAUGGCGAUGCGACUCGCCCUCAUCAAGGCAGCGACCCUAGAGAUCAAAACUCUCAGGAUGUCCUCCGACAAUAGAACGCUCAUUCGAGCAAUCCACGGUGACAUGCAGGCUAAGGAAAUCAGAGGAAUCGUCCACGACAUCCUUGAAAUCUCCUCUGUUUUCGUCUCAAUUUCCUUUUCUUUUGUUUCUCGCGAUUUCAACAAAGAAGCUGAUGCCUCAGCUAAGCUUUCGUUACGUCGUCGUUCUGUAUCAACCCUUAAUGGGUAA